CACAAUACAAAAUGCAAACAUGCGUAUAAACGUGCAUUCGUAAGAAAUGUACACGAUGUACCAUCAAACGAAAUAAAGUUUUGUUUAACAUGGAGAGGAUUACGAACCCAGACAUUACCUCUGUUUAAAGAUCUUACUCGUAAUCAAGAUACGUACACAGAAGGUGGCGAAUUUCCCGCGGAAAUGACUGACGAGUGGUACAAUAACAGGAACAAAUCGCGACAAAUGAUUCUUCUUAAAGUUCUGAAAGGAUUUUAAUAAUUUACACGUUUUAGGGUUUAAUUACGGCGUUGAGUUGGAAUUCACAUAAUCAAUGCUAUUUUGAUAGCUGGAGUGCGCAAGGCCAUUGAUGAACAUUUUCGCCAGCUGAUGAUUUGUUUUGAGGUCUACCCCGCAACAUCUAGAGACGAUGGCGAAGAAUAAAGGACCGGACUAUGAAAUUCCAUUGGAGAAGCAUGAUGCUGGAACGGGCACAGAAGAAAAUGACUCGAAUAAACUGAACGGAGGUACACAGACAGUAUAUGAGAAUGAGGACUCGUCUACAUACGAAAAUCCAGCUUUCGAACACGAUAUCGAGACACAUUUGGACGAGGAUUCGACGAAAAAGAAUGGUUCUGCAAAAACAAAGCAUGGUCAUGAUGACGAUGAUUAUGAACACGUUCAAGCUCCAGCUGCGAAGACCAACGGUGACGCCAUGGUGGUCGAACAGGAGAACGAAAAGGACGAUGACAACACCGAGGACGACGAUGAUAACUUACAGUAUAAAGCUUGGAAGGCAAUCUACCAUUACACAGAUGGCAUGGCACACACAUACAGUGAAAACAAAACCACGAUAAAGUUAUCGGUACUCGUCCUCCUCCUCCUCGGCUACGCGGCCUACCUCAUCUACGCCUGCAUCUACGAUUUCGAUGAGGCUUUCGUCAUCCUAAUCAUCACAGGCCUCGUCGUGUUCGUCUACGGGUACAUCCUGGUCAGGGACACCGUCGGAGAUCGGAUAUACGAGAAGGCUAUUGUGCCGAUGGGAGAACAGAUGGAAAAGUCUUGGAUUUACAUAAAGUGGCCAUUCAUAUUGAUUGUAAUAGCCGGUAUUGGCGUUGGACUGUAUUUCCUUACCCGAGAAAAUCCCGAAAACCUCAUUUCUCUGGCAGGCUUGAUUUUCUUCUUACUCUUCAGUUACGUCUUUUCCUUUUCACCAGCAAAGGUCAAGUGGAGGCCGGUGGUUUGGGGACUUGCCCUCCAGUUAUUACUUGGCUUAUUCAUCUUACGUACAUAUCCUGGGUACGUCCUCUUCGAGUGGCUAAGCGAUGUCGUCUACCAAUUCCUCAACUUCUCCUCUGCCGGCGCCAUCUUCUUGUUCGGCGAAGGUUAUCAGGAACAUUAUUUCGCAUUUGCAGUACUUCCAAUCAUUAUUUACUUCAGUAGUGUAAUCUCAGUGCUGUAUUACUGGGGUGUGAUGCAGACUCUUAUCCAGAAGGUCGCUUGGUUGAUGCAACGUACCAUGAAGACAUCGGCUUCAGAAUCACUGAACGCGGCAGGCAACAUCUUCGUUGGCAUGACGGAAGCUCCCCUGAUGAUCAAACCAUACCUCAAAGACAUGACACGAUCGGAGAUUCACGCCGUUAUGACAGGCGGCUUUGCGACCGUAGCUGGCAGCACACUCGGUGCCUACAUCUUAUACGGCAUCGAUGCGACCCAUCUCAUCACUGCCUCGGUGAUGUCCGCCCCCGCAGCCCUGGCGAUAUCGAAGCUCUUUUACCCCGAAACCGAGAAAUCGAAACAUAUCACGGAGAAGGAUAUGGUGUUGCCAAAAGGAGAUGAACUGAACGUCAUAGAAGCAGCGGCAAACGGAGCGUCACAAGCCAUUCCACUGGUCCUGAACGUCGCCGCAAACCUCAUAGCUUUCCUCUCUCUGUUGGCCCUGGUGAACGCAUUGCUUGGGUACUUUGGAGGGCUCGUUGGCUACCCGCAAUUGACCUUUGAGUUCAUAUGUUCGUAUGUAUUCGUACCUGUUGCGUUCAUCAUGGGCGUGGAAUGGGAGGACUGCAGGAUUGUCGCCGAACUUAUUGGACUGAAGACCUUCGUCAAUGAAUUUUAUGCAUACGAGGUCCUUGGCAAGUACAUCGACAACAGGACUACUGGGGCAGGACCUACACUUUCGGUUCGGUCUGAGGUGAUAGCUACCUACGCACUCUGUGGUUUUGCCAACAUAGGUUCUGUCGGGAUUGUACUUGGUGCUUUAGGUCCUAUGGCGCCCUCACGGAAGGGUGACCUAGCGGCAGUGGCCAUCAGAGCACUGGUAGCGGGAACGGUCGCUUGCUUCAUGACGGCGUGUAUUGCAGGAAUCCUUUAUGUACCCCCGCAGGACAGCGAGUUCACCAACGCAACGACAACAGCCAUACCACAGAUUACUACUGUAUAUUAAAAUCGAUGUAAAUUUAAGUAAAUUGACCCAAA